ACGCAAUACACCACCUGGUGGCGGGAAAAUGGAACCGAAGAAAAAAGUAAAAGUGAAGUUUGUGUGCGACGAUGAGGUGGUAGAGCAUAUUAUUCACAUUAAGGACAGUUCUAAACAUGGCAAACAGGGUCGUAAAGCUAAAGCUAAAAAGGUUACAUACAAGAUACCAUCUGACAGUGACCAUGAUGACACAGAUGAUGAUGAAGACAAAGAAGUGUACAGACCAUCAGAAAUUUUAUCAGGGCAGAGUGAAGGGUUGGCAGGUGGAGACCUCUAUACUUUCCACACCCCAAAGAAAUCUGGGCUUAUGACUGAGAAAGCCCUAGCUGCUACCAAGGCAACCACCCCUGCAUCUCGAAAUACUCCUAGUAAAGGAAAAGCAAAAGGUCAGGGAACUCCCAUGCCAAAGAAGAAAACUGGCAAAGACAGACAGAACAGGCCCAUUGAGGCUACAACACCCUACAGACUCCGUAAGCGCAAUGAAACAAAUGCUGAUUCAUCAGAUGAAAGCAUUGCCAGUGACAGUGACUCUGAGAGUGUUGCAAGCAGCACCAGUUCUGUAUCUAUAUCUGUGAAACAAGAACUUGCAAAACGCAUCAGUAGAAAGUCAAAGGGAGAAGAUCUGACAACCAUGGUUGAAGAUUACUUCAUCGCCCAAAAUGUUGCAGCUGUUACGUCAGACCGCACUCUGUCUAAGCUUGACACACCCAGAAUGGACCAGGCAGCCUUGCAGGAUGCACUGAGUGGUGUCACAGCAUCACAUAAAUCUCAGAGAGAGGAAUUACAUCGUGAACACACCAGUUUGUUCAACAAAUGGAUGCUUCAGAUGUGCAAUGGAUACAAUCUCCUGCUAUAUGGAGUAGGCUCAAAGCGAUCUCUAAUAGAGGAACUCAGGACUACCCUUCUCAAGGGAUUCUCUCAUCUGGUUGUCAAUGGGUACUUUCCUAGUCUCACUUUGAAACAUAUUUUAAACAGCAUUACUGAAGAUAUUUUGGAUCACAGAGGAAACUUUCGAAGCCCAAUGGAUCAGUAUGAAUUUAUAAAAGACCACUUUGAAACUGGAGAUCACGAAGACCUCUAUUUAAUAGUACACAAUAUUGAUGGUGCUAUGUUGCGUGCUGAAAAAGUGCAGGCAGUUCUCAGUCUACUGGCCCAGAUUCAGGGUUUCCAUAUCAUUGCAUCAAUAGAUCAUAUAAAUGCACCAUUAAUCUGGGACCAAAGAAAAUCUAGUGGCUUCAAUUGGUUGUGGUAUGAUGUCACAACAUUUGAGCCAUACAUAGAGGAGACUUCAUAUGAGAACUCUUUAUUAGUGCAACAAUCGGGUGUCCUGGCUCUGAGCUCUCUCACCCAUGUUAUGAGGAGUCUUACCCCGAAUGCUAAGGGAAUCUUUCUCUUGCUGGUCAGAUAUCAACUUGACAAUAAAGACAAUCCUCAGUAUUCAGGCAUGUCAUUUCAAGAUCUCUAUCAGAAGUGCAGAGAAGCUUUCUUAGUGAACAGUGACCAGACUCUUAACACUCAACUUGUAGAGUUCAAGGACCACAAACUUAUCAGAUCUAAAAAGAACUAUGAUGGUGUUGAGCAAUUGAUGAUUCCACUUGAUGCUGCUACACUCAAUGAAUUCCUUGACCAACAGGAUGAUGCUUCAUAGAAAACAUAAGGCCCUUUAAAUACAUGUGUAUUUCUAAAGAAAACCAAUUUCUAAUCAGCAUACAGGUUGAGCCAAAAAAAGGUAACUCAAACACAUGUAUGUUGAUAACUCAAUCAUUCAGCAUGGGU